ACACACACACACACACUUAAUUACUCCCUAAUUCUAUUAAUUAUUAUUAUUUUCUUUGUCAUAUGUGUGUCAUCAUAAGAUCAACAAUGCACCACUUUUUUCACAUGAAUUCACCAUUCUUCUUUCACUGCCCAACCAAUCAUUCCUAAUUUAUAUAUAUUUAAAUUAAUCAAUUAUAUAUUUUUAUUAGUAAAAAGAAAAGAAUGCUGGGCAGUAAAGCAAUGUUGAGUUUCCUCACAAGAAAAGAUGUCAGAAAAAUUCUCAAACGCAAAGAUAGUGAUGCUGGUGAACGAGGAAGAGCGAUGGAGGAACUACGGGCUUCUUUAUUUAGCAAGUUACGACGUCAACACCAAUCUUUGUUGGGACCUACUCUUGCUCUUACAUUCAACUUUGUUGCGUCCGUUAGUAUUAUCUUGAUGAAUAAAUUGGUACUUGUCAAAGUUGGAUUCAAUUAUCCGAUCUUUCUCACUUUUAUCCACUACAUUUUUAGCUGGUUAUUUAUGGCCCUCUUAAAAGCUUUAUCUCUCCUUCCUCCACCCCCUUCUUCAAAGACAACCAAGUUUUCAUCAUUGCUUGGUCUUGGUAUAGUUAUGUCCCUCUCUACUGGUCUGGCUAAUGUCAGUUUAAAGUUCAAUAGUGUUGGUUUCUAUCAGAUGGCUAAGAUUGCAGUGACCCCGGCAAUUGUUUUAGCAGAAUUCAUGCUCUACCGCAAAAAAAUAUCCUUCCGAAAGGUGCUUGCACUUACUGUAGUGUCCAUUGGUGUUGCGGUUGCUACUGUGACCGACUUGCAGUUCCAUUUCUUUGGUGCAUGUAUAGCAGUGGCAUGGAUAAUACCCAGUGCAACCAAUAAGAUACUGUGGUCAAACCUUCAACAGCAGGAGAGCUGGAAUGCAUUGGCAUUAAUGUGGAAAACCACACCUAUCACUGUUUUUUUCCUAGUGACGAUGAUGCCCUCACUUGAUCCACCUGGUGUUCUUUCCUUUGAUUGGAGCUUUUAUAAUUCUUCAAUCAUCGGGGCCUCUGCUGUCCUAGGUUUCUUGCUUCAGUGGUCUGGUGCUCUGGCUCUUGGGGAGACAUCAGCAACAACUCAUGUUGUUCUUGGACAGUUCAAGACUUGUGUGAUUCUUCUUGGAGGUUUCAUCAUGUUCGGUUCAAACCCAGGAUCAACUAGCAUCUGUGGUGCAGUCGUGGCUCUUGCAGGCAUGUCUUUCUACACUCACCUAAACUUAAAGCCACAACUGCAGCUGACAAAAACAUCAUCCAGACAAUCAUCUUUACCAAAGUCUAAGCUUGGCAAAGAAAAUGGUGACACCCAUGAUAAUGGCAACAAUGGAGACGAAGCUGUCUAACGAUCCCACACAACAUACACAUAAAGAUAAUUAAUACCCUUAAUUGUUUGAUUUCAUUCGUUUAAAGGGGGGCUAUUUGGUAGCUUUUUCAACUUCUUCCAGGUGUUUUAGAUGGUUUUAGGAUAACUUGCUUAGGUAUCGCUAAUUAGUUGUUGCGCAUCACCAGUUGUUUGGCUUGAACUCUGGCGUCUUACCGGGGUAACCCUUCAGCGCAAAUGAGUUAAGUGGUGGAAAGCCCAUGGGUAGUUUACGGAACGAACUAGCUUGUCAAAUACUUUGGCAAACGAGUCACUUGGUGUUAAUAUAUGUGGUUUUAACCACCUGGUCUUUGUCUCUUGGAAGUCUUAGAUUUCUAGAGUUUUUGAUUCGUUGAUUGUGUCGUUAUUUGAACUAUGUAGUUCAAAACAUACACAAGUCACAAGUGCAUACAAGUUGUAGAAGCGCGGGUCAAGAUAAGGCGCAAGUGUAUACUUGUUAUACUUAUAGUUGAGUCGGUAUGAGUUCAAGUGCACUUUGGACCCACAACAGCCAAAAUUGCGUAUGCAAGGUACUAACGCCUGACAUUAUCCAUACCAGGAUCCGUUAAGGUGUGACUUGGCCAAAACUUUGAUUAACCCUGGCUCAAGGCUCACUGUCUGAGUUUUUGUUUUUGUUUUUUUUUUUCACUGAUUUUUUUAUACAUUGUGUUUAUAUUAAAGACAAGAAUAGUUAUAUUUGUUAUUAAACAAACUAUAGGCAAUGGUUGUGAGCGGUUUUUUAUCCAA